GCGCUGCGCAGCGUGCGCCGGGCGGCUAAUGCCAUGGCUAAUGUCAGGCCGCCCCGCCAGCAGCGCGAGAGGACUGACUCCCCGACCACUUCCCGCGCAGGGGUGGUGCUUGGCCGCACUGAGGUGUUUCACCGUUGCUGGCAGGAUGAAAAUAUCAGCCUUUUACAACAGCAAUAAUCCAUUCCCUCUUGAUGCUGAACUGAGGGUCACAGUUUCUGAGGACAGCGAUGAUCCAGCCGGGCGCUUGGUGUUGGGCAGCGGCUCUACUGUGAGCUGUCAGACUACAAAGGCCUCCACGCCCUUGCAAGACUUUUGCUUUUCCAAGCAGCACUAUAGGCUCUACCAGAAAAAGUACUUCUUGAAGAUAGCCACAGACCUGAGAUUCUCCAAGGAAGUUGUGAAGCACAGAGGACUGCAAAGCCUGCCAUAUAAAGAGUGUGAUUUCAAGGAUCUCUACAAUGCUUCUGACAUCAUCCAAAAGCCAAAAAGGAAAGAACCGAUUGCUAAGAAAGUAGGGCAACAACCAUUCAAGCUUAGCCCUCUGAAGCAACCACCUCGCCAUAUGAAAUUGGAUUUUUCCCCACCUAAGGACACCAGGGUUAAAGUCCCCAUGGAAGAGAGACUGCAGAGAACCAAACUGGACAGCUCACUCAAAGAGUCAUCUCUGCCACCUAUUACUCCUUCUCUUCCUUGUGAAUCUCCUGCCACACAGACAUUCCUGACAGAAUCCUAUGAAAUGUUAUCAUCCUCCAUGACCAGAAGACAGGCAAAGAGAGUACCCGUGGAUAACAUCCAAGAAUCAAAGAGCGAGGCCCGGGGAUGGGAGCAAAUGCUGUUGGAGAAGCUGAAUAGGUCCACAGCUCAGUGGAUUGUGAAUCAGCAGGCUGCCUGGGGAGGUUGGAUUCAGGGGAAUGUCCAUGGCUUCAAGAAACAAAAGUUUGACUGGAACAGAAUCAGGGAUGAACUCUCUUCUGAAAGCGAGUUGAGGUUAUUGGAUGCAAUUCAAGCAGAAGAAGAUGUCGUGGAAGUCAGUCCCCAGAGCCAUGUGGAGAAGAAACCAGAGACACUGCUUCCAGUUUAUUACAGGGUACCAGCUUACUGCCCGAGGGUGCUUUGGACAGAUGACCCAGUUGGUACCAACAGUACAGCUCAAAUAAUAGGAAAGAAGUGUCUUAGACCAACAUCUCUUUUGAAGAACCAGGAACAGCUGAACUCCCAUGUUGGGAAAUACUUCUAUACCACUAAGAACGCUUUUGAGCAGGAGCUCUACUUUGGGACAGUCAAGAUUGUCCAUCAGGUAGAUGAGAGGGGAAAGGAUCACUUCAUCCUGGAGAAUCAUGAUGAGUACUACAAACACCUCCAGCAGCACUUCCCGAGACCUCCAGAGCAUUGGAGUUUCAAGGCACAGAAAGGGGCAGCUCGGAGGCCUGUGAGGGGAGCCUUCCGUUGGAUUGCUCUGCCUACCCUUGCUGAUGACUUUGCACAAAGGGGCCAGGAGUCAUCUCCUGCAAAGGCCAGGAGAGGGAGAAAUGAGCACAAGGAACCUAAAGAAGUCCUGCCUCAGCAUGUACAUAUCCUCAAAACAAUGCUGGAGCAAUGGAAGAACGCCUGGAAGCUGACUCCCCGGUGGCAGAAUGCAACUAUUGAAGGCUUAAUGAGGGCCCUUACAGAUAUACAUGAUGUCAUUCGGGUCACAGCUCUAAUAACCUGUGCCACUGCAGUGUUGGAGCGACCCAGACUAGACAGUGACAGUCAGGAGUCAGGACUACAUGGCAUUGGAAAGGCCCCAGUUAUUCAGGAUGUGCCUGUGGAACUACAGCCUUUGCUUAGAAAGACUCUGAGGGAUGAGAAUGCCCAUGUGAGAAUGGCUGCUGCCGUGUGCCACUACACCGUAGGGAUGUGGAAUGAUGAGGCACAAAUGAUCAUGAAGGAAGCUCUGGUACAUGGUAAUUCUGCAGACAGCUGGGCAGCAGCACAGUGCCUGGCAUUGGAGGGCAUUGCCACUUUCCCUGUAGUAAAGAAGAUCCUUUCCCAGAUGUUUGAUAAGAACGACAGCACCACAGAGGAGCAGGCAUGUCUUCUAUUAACUCAGCUCAGUGAAUGCUCGAGCUUGGUUUACUCCCUACUGGCAGCCAAACUGAACAGCUGCCAGUGGAAAGAUCGGAUUUUGGCUUGCAGGGCGCUCUCUCGUAUCCGUGGGUAUGUAAGCCAGGACCUGAAGAACAAGCUUGCGCAGCUGAUGUGGAAUGACUGGAACAUGGAGGUGCGCCAGGCAGCUGCCCUGGCACUGGGGCAGAUGAAGCUUGGGAAAGAAGUCCAUGACCAGCUCAGGGUGAAGCUGAACAGAGGAGAUUGCCGGAUGAAGGUGGAAGCGCUCUCAUUGAUUGGCUGGCUACGGCUUAUGACAGCGAAGUUGCUUCCGGGCUUCCUUCAGUGCUUCUCCAAUGACUUUGUUGCAGUCCGGAGAGAAGCUUGCCUUACCGCUGGAGCACUCAGGAUCAAAGAUGAAAUGGUGCUAACGUGCCUCUUUAAGAUGAUGCAGACUGACCCUCAUUGGAAAAUCAAGGCUUUUGCCAUCAGAGCACUGGGCCAAAUAGGCCAUGUGACCCCCCAGCUGAAACAUCAUCUUCUUUGGGCUGUUCAUCAUGAGGAGGAACCUGGAGUACGAAGAGAGGCCUGUCGUAGCAUCGUCACCCUCCAGCUGCAGGAUGAAAGUGUUCGGGCCAUCUUAUUGGAGAGGUUGAUUCUGGAGCCAGAUGAGAUGGUCAGAGAGGAAAUGAAUAAAGCUGUGAAGAUUUUCAAUUUUCAACAUACAGAGGAACAGGAAAUGAUUCAGAAGAUCAAGAAUGAGAUUUCCAGGCUAAGCCAAAAGGACUUGGUGACCCAGAAACUGCUGAAACUCGAAGAGAUUAUAGGUCAUUUGUGGCAGGAAGCCAACCGAAUCUAUCAUGCAAAGGAGCAUAGCUCUGCCCACAAGGAUAUACUGCAGAAUCUCAUAGCUGUCCUUGGAUCCACUUUCUCUGGUCAAAGCUGUUCCACCAGGAUGGAUUCUCAGAUCUGGACCCCUGAUUCAAAUUUACCAUCAUUUGUGAAAAUCUCUUCAAGGCCCUGGACACGAGAAGCCAUCUUAUCAACACUGGGAUCUCACCACAGUGAUGUGUCAUCAUAUAUGAACAAACUGUGAAAUCCUAUGGAAAGGGGACAGUCAUCAGGAUCACUUUGCAAGGAGAAGAAUCCAUCCAACCUGUUUGUCCCGUGACAAGAGACCAGAUUGUUACUUAGCUUAACCUCACAUAUGCCUUGGGGGGAAGAUGAUACAGGAAUUCUGACAUCCUGUUAGACUUUGGGAGCUGUGUAUGACCUUUGGCUGGAAGCAUGAAAUCUGUCUCAGUAAUAGGAAUUUUUUUUCUAUGACUAGUUUAUCUGUAAAGUAACCCUGCUCUGCAGUUGAAGUAUAUACACACUUUCUUUUACUACUGCUAUCAGUGCCUAUCUCAUUGGAGAUGGUACACAAUGGGAUAUUUCAUAUUGGACCAACAAAUGAUUUUUACAUAUAUAUAAGACACAAACUUUGGAGCUAAAAAGAUUUGCUCAAACCUUUUUCAUCUGAAAAUAUGGUGGUCCAGUGUAAAGGAAUUAUUACCUACCAAGUACCCUUCUUGAGAAUGAAAAGGGCUACGUUUCUGCAUAUCUCCUAAUUAAAAUGGAUAGGUGGAAUUAGGCUCAGCAGGAAAAUAUUAAAAGCACAUCAUCAGCCUAAUAUAACACCAGACACAAGAUUUCCAGGAAUACUAACAUCUUGGCAUGUAGCUGGAAUGACUGCAUUUCUACUUAUGGGUCCCUUUAGUCGAUUGGGCAUCACACAGAGAUUCUAACUGUUAUGCUUAUAGUGCCUUGUAUGGUUUCAUGUCUGAUCUUGGGUAAUGUCUUACCAUAACCUCCACCAAUAAUGUAAAACAGAGGAAAGUAUUUAAGAGACAGAGGCUAAGGCAGAUGAGUCAUAAACUUGACUCAAUCUCAGGUAUUUAGGGAGUAUAUAUUCACUGGCUGGGAACCACCUUCCUAUUAAUGUGCUACAAAGAGCUCUACAAAAGGUUUGUCAAAGUAUCAUCAGGUGUUAUUUUGGGCUGUGCUGAGUUAUUUUGUAUCCAAACAGAGCCCGAUGUGGGCAGACUUACAUUACAAGGUUAUAUUACACGAGGAAUGGAAUUUCAGUUGGGUAGGAUCCAAGUUCCAGUAUAUUUCUAUUCAGACCAAAACUUCUACUUAUAAUGGAGAUGGGAGACACCAGGUGACAAGCUAUGUCUUCUUAAGGAAUUCCAAGAGCCAAAAACUGUGGACUUGCAUAGCAUUUUAUGCCAAAUGUACUAAAGUACCCCCAUCCCCACUCAUCCUUGUCAGUUCUCUCCAAGGACUUCAGGUCUCCCAGAAUGAUGAUAUAAAUGACUGUAAACUUACACAAGUUUAGGGAAUACUGCCUGUUCUGAAAUGUCAAUUACACAAGGUUAAUUCUAUGCUAAGGGAACUUUACUCUCUUAUCCUCCAAUUCAAUUGUUAUUUCAGCCAUCAAGACUCACUGCAGAUGGAAAAGGCUAACAAGUUUAAUAAAUUUCAGUGUUACUAUGCUGAAUCAUUAAA